GACGCACUUUCGUUGGCGGGGGAUUUCUGCAGCCUGCAGCACUAACAUCGCUGCGAAUCGGUAGAUUGCAGAGAAGAUGGUGGGAUCUUCAGCUCUUCUCCAGCGCCAGGCCUUCUGUGGCAGCAGCUCAGCAAUUGGCCGUGGCAAUGGAUCCCGCCUGAACGCUCUGUUCAAGGGAGGCACUAAGCAGCUGAAGAAGGCCACAGCCCCGGUCAAAAGGGCCGUCGCUACUCCCAUCAAGAAGGCUGUUCCCAAGACUUCGGUGGGAACCCAGCGCGUCGGCAAGAGGAAGGGCAGCGGUGGUGGUGACGCCCUGUGGCUCCCCAACACCGAGAGGCCAGCCUGGUUGGAUGGAUCUUUGCCGGGAGACAGAGGGUUCGACCCCUUGGGGCUAUCAUCGCCACAAGAUUACCUUCAGGUGGGCAUCGACCAGCUUGACCAGAACAAGGCAGUCAACAAGGCAGGCGCCAUUGUUGGCAAGUUCGCGGCCCCCAAGACCAAGAUCAGCGACACUGCCCUCCAGCCGUACGACGAGGUGUUCGGCCUCCAGCGCUUCCGCGAGACAGAGCUCAUCCACGGGCGGUGGGCCAUGCUCGGCGCACUCGGAGUGCUCGUUGCAGAGGCCUCCACUGGCGUCUCCUGGGUGGACGCUGGAAAGGUGGAGCUGGACGGUGCCCAGUACCUGGGCUUCAGCCUGCCCUUCUCCAUCAGCCAGCUGGUGUGGAUUGAGGCCAUCCUUGUGGGUGGCGCCGAGAUCUACCGCAACCGCGAGCUUGAGCCCCAGGCUCGCAUCUACCCCGGCGGCUACUUCGACCCCUUGGGUCUGGCCACCGGCGACGACGCGCGCGCCUUCAAGCUGAAGGAGGCAGAGCUCAAGCACGGCCGCUUGGCGAUGAUUGCCUUCCUGGGCUUUGGCGUCCAGGCUCUGGCCACCGGCCAGGGCGCCCUCGGCUCCCUCGCCAAGUUCGCCAGCAGCUUUGCCCCCGAGCUUGUAGAGGACAUCGAGAAGGCCGCAGGUGUCAUCUAGAUUGCUGAACGCUCCUAGUAGCAGCAACUGCUGACCAGGGUGUGACCAGGGUGUGCAUUAUGCCCAGACAUGCGCAUCAACAAUGCGAAUGCCGCUGCAUUCAUUGUGGUUCUUGCCACAGCCCCUGCUGCGGUUGCAGUCAUUCUGGCACUUAGUUCAUUUAGUGAACUUUGUUGGCUCCUCAGAUUUGAGCAUUGACAGCUCUUUUCUUCCCAGGAGGUCGUUUGAUUGCUUGCCAAAUGUAUCUAUGUGGUGUCGCUGCAUUGCCGGCCUUGCCCACACGAGAAGAGAAUAGAAGCAAUGAUGGAGGACAAUGGUUGUAGGAUGGUAGUCAUUCUCAACUGAACGCAACAUGUUAGUAGGAACACCAUUUGACAUGCUGUACCUUUGGCUUGCUACCAUUUACAUAUCUAUAUCACGCCUCUGCAAGCACCUU